CCCACGACGGUUCGUUUGUUUUUAGUCUGUUUGGCAGUGGAAUCAAUUUCCUAACAAAAUGAUCUUUGGAGCCGCUAUAAUGUCCUAAGAACCUGAAGGUAGAGUUUGAACAAAGGCCGGAGCUGUAAGUGUUGCAAUGCCUAGCAGGGGGAAAAAAUACAAAAAUACAAACCGACCAGGCAAUAAAGCCCAGCAGCCAAACUCUAAACCGUUUGCUCAGCAAAGGCUCUGCCCUCUCCGGGGUGCAUGCAAUCCCUUCUUAUGCUCCCUCCUUCGCCAAGGUCUUCAGAAGACCUGCCCGGCCUUGAGACAGCACCUGCCUCCGCCUCUCCGCCCGGUGCUUUCGGACCGGGCAGUGUUCCUGACCUCUCACCUCCUGGUGGCGCCCUUUGGAGCGGGGCGGGCCCGGGGGAGCCGGGUGGCCUCGGGCGGGCGCUCGCUGGCUCUCUCAGCCCGGACAUGGAGCCGAAGGUGUCUCCCGGCGAGGUGCUCAUGAGCCAGGCCGUCCAGCCGGCGCACGCCGACUCCCGCGGCGAGCUGAGCGCCGGGCAGCUCCUCAAGUGGAUGGACACCACCGCCUGCCUGGCGGCUGAAAAGCAUGCUGGGAUUUCCUGCGUUACAGCCUCAAUGGAUGACGUUCUGUUUGAAGACACAGCGAGGAUUGGACAAAUUAUCACCAUCAGAGCAAAAGUGACCAGAGCGUUCAGCACAAGCAUGGAGAUCAGUAUCAAAGUCAUAGUACAGGACAAGUUCACUGGCACUGAGAAGCUUCUCUGUGUGGCUUUCUCCACGUUUGUAGCUAAACCAGUUGGAAAAGAAAAGGUUCUCUUAAGACCCGUCAUGCUCCAGACAGAGCAGGAGCACAUGGAGCACAGCCUGGCUGCGGAGAGAAGGAAAGUCCGAUUACAGCACGAGAGCACCCUCAACAACAUCAUGAAGGAGAGCAGCAGGUUCGACGGUCCCAUUUGUAACGAAGAAGAAGGAACUGCCACCACCACGGGCACCUCCGUUCAGAGCAUUGAGCUUGUCCUCCCACCCCACGCGAACCAUCACGGAAACACGUUUGGCGGGCAGAUCAUGGCAUGGAUGGAGACGGUCGCAACUAUUUCUGCAAGCCGCCUGUGUCAUGGGCAUCCCUUUCUGAAGUCUGUGGAUAUGUUUAAAUUCCGGGGGCCAUCCACAGUUGGGGACCGCCUUGUAUUCAGCGCCAUAGUCAACAACACGUUCCAGAACAGUGUGGAAGUUGGAGUGCGUGUUGAGGCCUUUGACUGUCAGGAGUGGGCUGAGGGCCGAGGCCGCCACAUCAACAGCGCUUUUCUCAUUUACAAUGCUGUUGAUGACCAGGAAGAACUCAUCACCUUUCCCAGAAUUCAACCCAUUUCAAAGGAUGAUUUUCGGCGUUAUCAGGGAGCUAUUGCACGAAGGAGAAUUCGCCUAGGCAGGAAAUAUGUUAUUUCUCACAAGAAAGAAGUUACACUCAGCACACAGUGGGAUAUUAGCAAAAAGGGAUCCCUAAGUAACAGCAAUGUGGAAGCUCUCAAAAAUCUGGCAUCCAAAAGCGGUUGGGAGAUUACCACCACCUUGGGGAAGAUAAAAAUAUACACCCUGGAAGAGCAAGAGGCCAUAUCCGUUAAGGUUGAAAAGUAUGUUGGCAGUCCAGCACACAUGGCUUAUCAUCUCUUGUCUGACUUUACAAAGCGGCCUUUGUGGGACCCUCACUACAUAUCUUGUGAAGUCAUAGACCAGGUGAGUGAGGACGACCAGAUAUAUUACAUCACUUGCUCAGUGGUAAAUGGAGACAAACCCAAAGACCUUAUCGUACUUGUGUCACGAAGAAAGCCUCUCAACAAUGAUAACAUGUACAUCGUGGCUGUGAAGUCAGUUUCCCUGCCGUCCAUCCCACCAUCUCCACAGUACAUCAGGAGCGAGGUCAUAUGUGCUGGAUUUCUCAUUCAGGCUGUUGAUAGCAGUUCGUGCACCGUAGCAUACCUGAACCAGAUGUCAGACAGCAUUCUCCCGUACUUUGCUGGCAAUAUUGGUGGCUGGUCAAAAUCCAUCGAGGAAGCUGCAGCCUCUUGUAUAAGAUUCAUAGAGAAUGCAACUCAUGAUGGACUUAAAAGCGUCUUGUAAACGGUCGACUCAGUUACCUGUAAUUUGAUUUCCCAGGUUUAAUUCCAAGUGUCCUUAGCCCUUUCACUUGGCAAGCUUUGGGCUAGACAGUGAUGUAAUACCAUCCUAAGCAACAAGGAGUUGUGAAGGUAGAUAUUGAAUACCAAACUCUUCUCUGGUGAUUUGGAUUCAAACUACAAGAGCUCUAAAGCCCCAUUUACAGACAUUGGGAAAUUGCCUGGAUUCAGUAUUGCAUGAUGUAUAAAUUUUUAACACGAAAUGUGUAUUCUGCAAUGAUGGGUCUAUAUAAAAUGUGAAAUGGUGGUGGGCUAUUCACCGGUGGGUGUUAACAUUGUUCCGUGGGCAGCAGGCACCUUUGUCAGCGGUCUCUGAGAAGAUGCGCUCCGUGUUUUAGACUUUAAAUUAGAAAGCAUUAAAACAUAAUGGAAGCCAAUCAAUUUCAGUAAUAGGAACUAUUUCACUCUUGUCAUCUUACAUACAUUCCGGUUAGAUGGCCAAUUUAGUGUCUAUUUCUAUAUAUAUGCACGCCAAGCACCUGUAAAGUGUGAUAUUACAAAGAGAAUAUUAACUGAGUUCUUCAUAUCUAUCCCAUUAGCACUUUAUCCCCUAGAUGUCAACAUUUAUCAUUCUACACCCUGAGGUGUCUUAACUCCUGAGACAAAACAGAAUGUGUCAGGUUGGCCUCCUUCAAAGGAUGACUUUUACAAAUUGAAGGAGAUCUCCAUGAGUGUUGAGAACACGAGACAGGUUAGGCUAAGCCGCUGUGAGCUCACCACAUCUCUCCCUCUGCUUGCCGCCUCCUGCUUUUCCACUUGCAGAUCCUAGGGCUGGUCAGUUUUUAUGUUUACCUCUCUGCCUCAAGGUUUUCCUAUAGAGACUGCAUUCUAAUUUUAUAAAUUACUAUUUAUAUAUCCAAAGAGUAGAUACAUAGAAUAGAACAUUCUAGAACUAAAAUGACUUCUGGAAAUAGUUUACAUUCUAAAAGAUAGAAGGGUUAGUAAUAAAGGGCUUGUAUUACACUACAGCUUGGCGCAUUACAAUUCCAGACUUCUGAAAUGAAGACUUCUAAGUGCUGUAAGCACAGGCUUGGUCUCUAAGUGUAGUGUUUGAACUAUUUUCCUGAAUAGAAAUGGAAUUCUUGUAGUCUUAGCUGACUCACACUGAGACAUAGGGACCUUGUCUACUCCAGGUCCACUUUGUCUAGGGAGGAUGCUAACUACUUGGAGCGCUGUCAUCUGUUCUAGGUUUGUUCCCAUAACCACAUACUUGUGAUGAUGUUUAGCUGCUGAGACAGAGAUUUUUAGUACCCUCUAAUAAAAUCAAGCCAUCAUAACAAUGUGCUAUAAUAAAAGCUGUGAAGAUGGGCUCCCUCUCUAACUACCUUACCGUGCUGGGCUAACCUUAAUAGACUUUGAAAGAUCAUGAUACAGGCCACAGCAUGUUGUGGUCUUCCUAGGCUAUUUCAAAACUAAGCCUUCUGUCCAAAACAAUGCUACAAAGCAUUCCAGUUGUGAAGCACAGUAGCUUUCCAGUUUGCAUUGUCUUAAAAACCUUUUCAUGACAUCUAUUUGUUUUGCAUGUGUUCAUCUGGUUGGUGGGCACAUGACAGGACACUGUGUGGAGGUCAGAGAACAACCUGGGGGAGUCCUCUCCUCCACCUGAUGAAGGAGUUCCCAGGGGUUGACCAGAGGUCGUCAGAGUGUAAGCCCCUUUACCCAAUGAGCUAUUUUUGUGGGCCUUGUGUUUCUAUUCAUUCUACUGAGAUCUUUUCGGCUAGGCACUUCUAUGCUUUGCAGUUUUUCAAGGAAUUGAAAUGUACUUGUUUUAUCAUAGAUAAGAUGAACGAAUGAUACACAAUGUUGGAAGACCUGCUAUUUGGGAAAAUAAAGCAGAGAAGGGAGGACUGAUUUCAUGGUGCCCAGAGACUCUUGCGAAUAAACCAAAGACAGAGAGGGAGUGACACAUGGGCCUGCAGCCACACAAUAGAGCCCACCAGAGGGUCAGUCCUGGAAACUCCCACACAACGCUUCUGGCUCAUUCUAGGAAAGCAGAGAACCAAGGGAGACUGCGGCUGAGUGAGAGAUAAUUAAAACCUCAAGCCUGAACACUUAGCGCAUAGCUAAGAGAGGGCAUUGGGGUGGAGGGAAUAGAUCACGAAGGACAGAUCGUUAGGUAUCUUAGCUCAGCCCAAUUUCUAUGCUCUCUGCUUCCUGAUUGCAUAUUCUGUCUCAUGCUCCUACAGUCAUGCUUUGCCUGCCAGGAUAAACUAGCUCCUCUCAAAUGAUGAGCCCAAAUUAACCUCCCAGAAACUGCUUCUAGUCAGGAUCUGACACUGAGAAAAGCAGCGCAGCGAGUCCACAUCCUUCAGGGGAAAGCUCUAUGCUGUUGUCUACGCCACUACUUAGCUUUACUCUUUUUUGUAUUUUUUAAAUUAAUAUAAUUUUUUAUUUAUUACAGUUUAUUCACUUUGUAUCCCAGCUGUAGCAUCACCCUCAUCCUCUCCCAAUCCCACCAUCCCUCCCUCAUCUCCUUCCAUUCCCCUUCUCCAGUCCACUGAUAGGGGAGGUCCUCCUUCCCUUCCAUCUCACCCUAGCUUAUCAGGUCUCAUCAGGACUGGCUGCAUUGUCUUCCUCUGUGGCCUGGUCACCUCAGGGGGAGGUGAUCAAAGAGCCAGCCACUGAGUUCAUGUCAGAGAUAACUCCUGCUCCCCUUAUUAGGAAGCCCAUUUGGAGACUGAGCUGCCACAGGCUACCUCUGUGCAGGGGUUCUAGGUUCUCUUCAUGAAUGGUCCUUGGUUGGAGUAUCAGUCUCAGAAAAGACCCCUAGGCCCAGAUUUUGGUGCUGUUACUCUCCUUGUGGAGCUCCAGACCCUUCCAGGUCUUUCUAUCUCCCUCUUCUUUCAUAAGAUUCCCUGUACUCUGCCCAAUGAGUCUCAGCAUCUACUGGGUAGUCUUUCAGAGGCCCUCUGUGGUAGGCUCCUGUCUUGUUCCUUAUUUUCACCUUCUUCCAAUGUCUAUCCCGUUUGCCUUUCUGAAUGAAGAUUGAGCAUCUUACCCAGGCUCCUCCUUAUUGCUUGGCUUUGUUAGGUGUAUGGAUUUCAGUGUGUUUAUCCUAUAUUAUGUGUCUAAUAUCCACUUAUAAGUGAGUUUAUACCAUGUGUGUCUUUCUGCUUUCUGGGAUACAUCACCCAGGAUGAGCUUUUCUAGAUCCCACCAUUUUCCUGCAAAUUUCAUGAUUUCCUUGUUUUUAAUAACUGAGUAGUAUUCCAUUGUGUAAAUGUACCACAAUUUCUGUAUCCAUUCCUCCAUUGAGGGUCAUCUGGGUUAUUUCCAGGUUCUGGCUAUUACGAAUAAAGCUGCUAUGAACA